CUCAGUUUCCUCCGAGGAGAGAGGUCACGCCACGACGCGUCGUGUUGAUUGUGCGGAGUCCAAGCGAAUAUUUUGCCUGUGUUGGAUUGCUCUGUUUUGAACUUCUACCACCCUGCUGCAGACACCGAUCAUGGAGUGCCCCGUGUGCAUGGAUGAGUUCGACGUGGCCGCGAGGCGACCCAAGAGCCUGCCGUGCGGCCACACCGUCUGCAGCCACUGCCUGGAGGGUCUGCAGCAAAGGUUGUGUCCAAAGUGCCGCAAAGGCUUCAGCGACCCAGCCAAAUUGCCUGACAACUUUUCCAUACUCGACUGGGCUAACAAGCAGCAGUCGAGACCUUCGCAGCCCAGUGACUCUUCGGGUUCAACUCCCAGUUUUGACAGGGCGCUGCAGCAGCUGGAGGACGCGGCCACGGCGGCGUCCAAGGCGGUGCGGACGCUCGAGGACGCCAAGGACGCCGUGGAGGGCCUGCUGCAGGAGUGGCGGGCCAGACUGCGGCAGGUCCAGAAGGCCACCGGGGAGCUGCGCGCGGCGGUGGACGAGGGCGGCGACCUGGAGGCCGGCCAGCCGGAGGGCCUGCAGCAGCUGCAGGACGCGGCCAGCCUGCUGGAGGGCAUGGAGUGCGCGCUGCGGCACCAGGGCGGCACCGAGUGGAGGGGCGACCUGGGCGCAGGCCGGAGCCUGCUCGACGCGCUCGUUCUGCACCUGCACCGCCACGGCCUCAUCCACAAGACUCCAGCCCAGAACCAGCCUGAAGAGGAGGCGCGCCCUCCGCCUAGACCCCAAGACCUCAUUCAGGAGAUCGAGUUGUUCAAAAUCAGUCAGGCUCAUCCGGGAAAAGGAGAAGUCGAGAAGGCGGCCAUUCUGGCCCGCGUGCGGCAGAAUGGGGUGCGCCGGAUGGACAACGUUUGGUGCCACGCUGACCUUGCCUGGGUCCGGGACAUACUUGGGAGUGCCACCCCGACGCUGGAGGAGCUUUACAUGAUUGCUCCCCGUGCGGACGCCAUGCCGAGACUGCGGCGGAUGGAUUUGUGGUCUAUUGACGGUGCCCUGGACAAUGAGCCCCCCUUGGUGCCCGCCCUGCCAGGAGGCGGACUCAGGCGGCUGCGCGUUUACAAACUUCCUCGGGCCACCCUGAUCUCCCUGCUGCAGGCCCACAGUGCCUCGCUGGAGGUGCUGUGGAUGAGCAUCGGCACUCCAGGGGAUGGGCAGUGGCCUAGAGUGUGCGACGACCUGGACGCCCUGCUGAGGGAGUGCGGCCUUCGCGUGUACAGGAUCGUGCUGUGGAGGGUUGACGUCGACCACUCCGAGUCAGCCUGCCGUGCACAGGUGUCCGCGGUGCGGCGCGUGCUGCCGGGCGCCAAGGUGCAGUGCGAGAAGUGUGACGAGGUCGAAUUGGAAAAGUUCUAGACACGGGCGCGACCGCGGCUUACGUGUAAAUUUAGUCAGAAUGUCACAUGUCUGAAAUCCUGAUCAAAUUUCGCGCACCUCUGAAAGCUGAGAUUCUGAAAAGUUUAUUAUUGAUGACCAGGUCCUACAGCAUAUCAGAAUGGGGUGCGCGAAUUUUGAUCAGGUUUUCGGACAGGUUUCUGACAUUCUGAAAAAUUUAACACGAGUGGGGAGAGCACACUCUAAAUGUCUUAAAAUGAGAUUUGACCCAUGUUAUUCGCAGUGAAUUCGGCGCAAGCAUAAUACGAAGCAAUGUCUCUUCGUAAAGUGAAUCUUUUUAUCCUUUUUAUUGUAGGAUUCAAAUUCAUAAUACCAAGAAAAAAACCCCUUCGUAUUUUGCUUGCGCUCAUUCCAGGAACGUGACAUCAAGUUGAAACGAACGUGACAAAAUGUCACGUUCGUUUGAGCAUUGUGUCACAUCCAUUUGAACGUAAAGAAGUUAAUUUAUGGCUAAUUGACGUCCAAACGAAUGUGACACAAUGUUCAAAGGAACGUGACAUUUUGUCACAUUCAUUCAACGUGAUGUCACGUUUCUGGGAUGAGAUUGCGCCGUUUCCUUCGUAUUAAGAGAAAUUUCUUCGUAAGACAUUUAGAGUGUACUGGCGGCCGGAGAAACCAGGAGAAAUCCUCAGUGUUGCGUUAGGCAGUACAAUGACCUGGUGGAAAGCCUUCACCACCACGACAGGUUUGAAGUUUGUAACGCUUGGUGUGUUUAGAUCAUUUCAAGGAGAAAAAGUGAGGUAACCGCCUACUCUUCCUUACUAUACUAGUUAUACUACGAAUAUAAACAUCCUGUAAUUUUGUUCAUUCUUCUUGAAUUUUACCUCUUACUCUCCUUUGUGGGUUAUAAUGGAUAUUAUGUGUAAUUAUUCUACUACAGAAGCCGCAAGUGUUGAUUAAUUUGCUGAGCCACGUUCUGUUUCUGAAAUAAAAAUGAAUCUUUUGAAUAAUUUUUUA